AUGUCAGCAUCGACGUCGGCGAAAAGAGCAUCGUGGUGGCAAUCGAUGGGGCGAGCGGGUAUAGGAAAUUUGCACCAUCAUACGAUCAGUAUCCUGGGCAUGGCUGUCGUUAAUAUUGGCGAUCUUGCCAUUGAAUGCCUGGAUGAAGCAGAGUGGAACUUCUCGUGGGCUUCAAUCGAUGCCUGA